AUGGAGUGGCUCUCGGGAUGGCUUACUGGGCUUAGAGCCGCCCCAUGUCCCUCCUGUGGUCGCAAGCUUGGGCCUAUCGACUGGAAAGACGACUGGAACUGGGUCACGACGUUUCAAAGAAUCGAUGAAGCCUUGGCACUCGGCUGCCUGAGAUGCAUCUUCACCGUCGAUUGCAUAAAGGCCUGUCCAACAACGGCAAGCAUCGAUUAUUCUUUGAUUGAGCGAGCCAAGGCUUGGAAGAGGCACAAUUUCAUCUUUGUUCGUAUCAAGGACGAGGGAUCCGAGGUUGGGUCGCGCGAUAUCGAUCUGGAGCCCUUUUCACCGCAAGAUAUAUUGCAGAUAUCAAAGCUACGGAAGCCUUUCAUCGGAGACACAUCCUCAAAACAGUCCUUUGCAAUGGUUUCCUCUUGGAUAGAAGAGUGCUUAGAGACGCACCCAGACUGCGCAAAGACUGAACAAAUCACGCGCGAGAAGAGAAAGUUUCCAACCCGACUCCUUGACUUAACCAGCGGGAAAGUGGUGCUUCGUGAGGGCAUCCGGCCAGACCGAUAUGUCUGUUUGAGCCACUGCUGGGGUAAAACUACCCACACGGCCUUGACGACAAAGAAGACGUUCAAAGACCACCUCGUCUCUAUUGAUUGGGACUGCCUCACGCAGACCUUUCAAGACGCCAUCACAAUUUGCCGCCGGCUAAACAUUCCCUUUCUCUGGAUCGAUUCUCUGUGUAUCAUCCAGGACUGGGACGAGGAUUGGAAACGCGAGGCCGCUCUCAUGGGGAGUAUCUAUGAAUCCGCCUUCUUGACCAUCGCCGCAACAAAGGCCAGUGAUAGUUCUGGAGGCUGCUUCUCCAAGGCUGAUCCGGCGUUCCUUGGAUCCCCGGUACCCGGACACCCCGGCUGGUUGGUGAGAGAACAACGGACCAAGUUUCCUGCCACAUGGUUUGAUCUUGCUAACGACUCUUCCAAAUUUCCGCUCCUGAGCCGGGCAUGGGUAUACGAGGAAAUGCGUCUCUCUCGGCGUAUCUUGCACUUUUGCUCGGACGAGAUCAUGUGGGGGUGUUGCUCUGUCAGAAAGUCCAAGAGUGGCACCAGCAACGAGUACAGAGACUCUGAGAAACAGCCCUUUUACCCAGAGACAACCGACAUCGAAGUCGGAGAGUACGCCCAUCUCGACUGCGUUGGCCUGUGGAGGCAAACGGUCACAGAAUUCUCGCGGCUCAAUAUUACCUAUCAUACUGACAAGCUACCUGCCAUGGCCGCCCUGGCGGAACGCAUGGCUGAGAUGAGGUCUGGCGAUGACACAUAUCUAGCUGGCCUUUGGCGAAGCACCCUUGCACAAGAUCUUCUCUGGAAACUUAAGUACGAAUCCUCUCGCCAACCGCAACCCAGUGGCGUGCCAACCUGGUCCUGGGCCUCGACAUCCUGUACUGUGAUAUGGGAUUCUGGAUACACUACGGUGGCCUCAUUUACCAUCAAGAAUGUGGACUACGAGGCCUCUGGGCCAAAAUACCUGGGGGGCUGCCCGAAAGCUAGAAUCGAGAUUGAAAGCCCAGUUGUGAGGAUUGAGGGGAUGAACGGUGUCUCCUUCGCAUUGUGUCACGAGACAGGUCUUGCGAGUUACCAGAAGAAUUACACUGGUGAACAAGACCAGCAACAGACAAGUGGCUACUUCGCCAUCAGCCAGUACAAGCCCGAUAGAGCCCCAGAUACCGUCCCCACCGAGAUAUACACCGACACGAUUUUUAUCCCAAUUGCUUUCCCUGAAUUGGAGUGGCAUCUGCCUAUUGUCGGCUUGCACGUUGGGAGGAGGCGUGGCUGUUGCAACUAUGAGCGGCUCGGUUGGUUCGGCAUGGAGCAUGCAGAGUAUUUCAAGCACUCUAAUCUGAGACUGGUGACCAAAUAUGGGUGGUCUUAUGAGCAUGGAGCGUACGAGAGACCGGAUCAGGAACCUUCCACCAAGAGACUACUGGAUGUGUUGUUGAAGAUGCCUCGGGAGGUAAUCACGCUUGUUUGA